CUUCUGGGACUCCUGCUGCUGGUCGCCCUCCCGGAGCACUGCCAGGCCGACCCGGCAACAGACGAUCUACAGAGACAUGUCACCCCAACCCCACAGCCAUUGCCUCACCCGAAGUUGUUAUCGAUUUCACCAACAUGGCCUUUCUCAGAAGUCAAGUCUUCCUCGGCAGUGGACAGGACCAAGGGUGUCCUGGGACCCAGCCCUGACAACACAAGCUUGUUCCAGUUCGCCCGAUCACCUCCGCCCAAGGCUUCCCGCAGGACCAGGGCUCCCCUGGAUGCCACUUCUUCCCUGUACCCAGGAAGCGGACAUAGCGCCUCCUUCGAGCCUUCCAAGGAUCCCACCAAGUCCCUGGUCCACCCAAGACCUCCAGGGGGAAGAGAAGCAGCCGAGGAGUCAGGUUUGCCUCACACCAGCAUGCUCUCCCCAUUGUCCAUAGACCCAUCUGUGACAUCCUUGAGUACCGUCCUUCCAUCUCAGCCCACACCAGUAGGAGCUCCCUCCAUGGCAAAACCAAGCAUGAUUCCAUCUCUCCCCGCACCUUCAUCCUCUUCAUUGGCUCCCGACGCAUCUCAUUCCAUCAAGACAGCAGAGCCACCCACCCAAGUGCCUUUAUCCCCUCAGACAGCUCUAGCCGACUCUCACUCAAGUAAGAGCGUAGCUAGCGCCCUCAGCCCGCCUGCUCAUGAAAGGAAGCAUAUUCCAUCCGCACACACACCGGCUUUGAUAGGCCUCCCUCCUUUAGGAUUUUUUGGAUCCUCAACAGAGCAAUAUUCUGAGCCCUCCCCAACUGAGAGCAUCCCCUCAGCAGGCUCACCCACCCCUGGGUUUGGGAGCCCCAUGGCAGAACUGGCCCAUCUGUCUUCCCCUGCCCUAGCACCCGGAAGUCUUCUCUGGCAUCCAGGUGGGACCACGCCUUCGGCAAAGUUGGAAGUAGCAUCCACGCAGUCGACCCAAGCUGGAGUGGCUAAAGGAGCGAGCAGUGGGGUGCCUUGGCCGACUUUUAAGAGCACAGCGGCGGCCCUUGUGGCUGAGCCUUCGCGUUUCCAGACCACAGAAUCAGUGACAGGAGAAAGGGCCGGCAGAAAGCUUGCCCCUACCCCUGUCAAUGACUCUGCUCACCCGCCGCAUUUGUCAGCAGCUCCAGAGCGUUUUGGAGAGCCGGCCCUUUCAGCUGAGCACGCCUCUUCCUCUCUGGUGCCAUCUCUGCGUUCCACCACCAGUCACGGGAAAGCCAGCCCUUCCGCUCCUGCCUCGCCAUCCAAAAGCCCGGCCGACUCUCCCUCCACGUUCGCUAGCAGCCAACCGGCACACAGUCAGGCCUCUCCAUCCGGCGUGCCCCCCACGCCAGCUCUUCAAGAAGAGGGUGAGGGUGGGUCGUCUUCCACUGCAGCAACAGACUUCCUCCCCUCCCGCGAGGCUCCUAAUCUUCCUUCCAUGACCUGGGCAUCUCCCCUGCAGGAAGAGGAGAGCGGGCCAGCUGCCGUCCAGGGAAAUGGACAGCCGGAGAAGACGGUUCUUCUGCACGCCCGUCCAAGUAUAGAGAUCCCAAGUCCUCCACCUCUCAACAGAUCCACUUCCAAUGUGGGCACGGGUCCCAUUUCAUCUACUGUGAUCUCAACCCCAAGAACGAAUCACACACCUUUAGAAUUACUUCCACCUUCCAUCCCACCCAUACGAACCACCCGAGCCCGGUCCCCAUCUGCUCCCAUCUCCAACACCCAGCCAGAGGCUUCCGCAGCUACUAUAGAUGCUUCUGGAUUCCCAGCUUCAGCCUCCAAGCAGGUGGCAGCAUUGGCCUCUUCCGCUGGCAUUUAUGACUCUUCCACAAUGGGCCGCGUGAAAAAGCCCGCUAGCACAGAUGUUUUCUGGAGUUCUUUUUCAGCAGAGAUUGGAUCCCCUGCCACCAAACCUAUGGUAUCUGGCUUGCUACAGCAAGCAAACGGAGAUUUCGGUGGACACACAGCGAACUCUGCGAGCUGGGGAACUCGCUCAUCCUCAACUGCAACUCCCCGUGGUUUAAGUUCAGCUGCCGAUGCACUAAACUCUCAGGAUGUCCAGGAUGCUGCUGGGCCUUCAGCGACGACAGCAGGCUUCAAUGUCCAGGAGUCAGUCCUUGGUACAAGCAUAGACCAGCCUGUACACCAGCCAAACAUUACCAUGGUGGGAAAUGACACAAAUUUCUGGCCUACCCAUAGUAACCACCAUACCAGAGACUUUGAGACAGCGGAGGUUGACAAUUACCCAUCCACAAGCCAACGUGCUGGACUUCAUCCCCACUUACAGCUGUCCGUCCACCCAACGCUUCCUCUUUUGCCAGUUCCAACAAGUCUAACUUCUCCAGCAAAUCUGCAGGAAAUGCUUUCAGAUGGAAUAGAUGGAAGCUCCCCCAUUUCCAGUGGCAUCGCUCCAUCACUUGGGAUGAAUGCUUCCACAUCACACCAGAGCAUCCUGAGGAAUCGCUCGACGGCUCAGUCUACUCCUGUAUCAACCAGUGCCUUAUCUCGGACCCCCUCCAAAGUGCUGCUGGCUUCUCAACGCCCCAAGAAGUGGACAGGGGGCUUCUCCGUGGCAUCUCAGGCAGACCCAGUAGCAGUGUCAGCAGCCACAGUGUUUCUGAGGAAAUCCAGCCCAUCGGCUCUGUCUGCAGCCCUGGUUGCUAAGAGCACCGGAAACAGCCCUUCGGCCGUGGCCGCAGGAUUGGUCAAGGGCAGUUUGACCACUCCUCUAGCAAAAAAUGCCACAAGUAAGGCAGCAUCUGGCCCAAGGGCGACCCCAGGAGCCAUCCACACAGCCUUCCCCUUCACGCCAACCUACAUGUUUGCAAGGACAGCAUACUCCAUGAGCACACAUACAGCCAUGCACGGGAACACGGGCACUGCCGAUGGCCUGUUGUCCACAACACACCUCCCCAGGAAACCACAAGCCAUGCACACAGAACUUCCAAAUCCCACCAACCCAGAGAUGCCCAGAACUUCCACCAUUCGCCCGCUGACAAUCACAGCCGCGUUGGCAUCCGUCACUGCUUCAGUAAAGGCAACCCGGCUCCCACCUCUGCUGGCAGGAAACACAGAUGCUGCCUUUCCCGCGGGGUCCACGGAAGUGGUCACAACUGGUAAAGUGGUGUCCAACCUGGAGUGUCAGAUGUCUAGUAAGCUCCUGGUGAAGUCAGUUCUCUUUCUGACCCAAAGGAGAGUGCAGAGCAGUGAAUUCCUGAAGCUCACCGUGGCCAGAGGGCUCACCCAGGCCUUGCGAAAGGCUUUCCACCGGAGCGACGUCUCUGCUCACGUGGACAUUCUGGAACAUUCUCACAACGUCACCGUUGGUUACUAUGCUACCAAGGGGAGGCUGGUGUACCUCCCUACAGUGGUUGUCGAAAUGCUGGGGGUUUAUGGCAUCAGCAACGUCACCGCUGAUCUGAAGCAACACACCCCAAACUUGCAGUCUGUGGCAGUACUUGCCUCCCCGUGGAAUCCGGAGCCUGCAGGCUACUUCCAGCUAAAAACUGUUCUGCAGUUUGUGAGUCAGCUGGACAACAUUCAGUCCUGCAAGUUUGCCCAGACAAUGGAACAGAGGCUGCAGAAGGCCUUUCAGGAUGCUGAGAGGAAGGUCCUGAAUUCCAGAAGUAAUUUGGCAGUUCAGGUUGUGAGCACGUCCAGCGCCUCCCAGACGGUCACCUUGGUGUACGUGGUGGGCAAUCAGAGCACGUUCCUCAACGGCACUGUGGCCAGCAGCCUCCUCAGCCAGCUCUCCGCUGAGCUGGUGGGAUUCUACCUCACCUACCCGCCGCUCACCAUUGCUGAACCUCUGGAAUACCCCAACCUUGAUAUCUCAGAAACGACCAGAGACUAUUGGGUGAUUACAGUGCUGCAGGGCGUGGAGAACUCCCUGGUGGGCCUGCACAACCAGAGCUUUGCCCGCGUCAUGGAGCAGCGCCUGGCCCAGCUGUUCAUGAUGUCCCAGCAACAGGGCCGGCGGUUUAGACGGGCCACUACCCUGGGAAGCUACACCGUGCAGAUGGUAAAGAUGCAGCGUGUGCCAGGGCCGAAGGAUCCAGCGGAGCUGACUUACUACACCCUGUACAACGGGAAGCCAUUGCUGGGGACCGCAGCAGCCAAGAUCCUGAGCACCAUUGACUCCCAGAGGAUGGCUUUGACCCUACAUCACGUUGUCCUUCUGCAAGCUGACCCUGUGGUGAAGAGCCCACCCAACAACCUGUGGAUCAUUGCCGCGGUGCUGGCGCCCAUCGCCGUGGUCACAGUCAUCAUCAUCAUCAUCACUGCCGUGCUCUGCAGGAAGAACAAGAACGACUUCAAGCCCGACACCAUGAUGAACCUGCCCCAGAGAGCAAAGCCAGUGCAAGGCUUUGAUUAUGCCAAGCAGCACCUGGGCCAGCAAGGGGCCGAUGAGGAGGUCAUCCCUGUGACUCAGGAAACUGUGGUCCUCCCACUCCCCAUCAGAGACACCCCCGCCUCUCAGGAAAGAGAUGUCCUUCCGGACGGGAGCACCAUCAAGACCGCCAAGUCCACGGAAACCCGAAAGAGUGGGCCUGUGCUUGAAGAAACGGAAACCAGCAAGAUACGCGGCCCAGACGGGCGCCUGUCCCUGGCGAGUGAUGAAGAGGAGGGAGCAGUGGUUUUCGACAGUGCUGGCAAGGGGGCUGCUGACCCCUUUGACUCGUCAUCUGGCUCCGUGCAGCUCAUUGCAAUAAAGCCCACCGCUCUCCCUGUGGUGCAGCCAGCCUCGGACAGGAGUCAGGAGUCAGAAGUGCUCAAUGGUGAGGUGAACAAAGCCCUGAAGCAGAAGUCGGACAUCGAGCACUACCGGAACAAGCUGCGCCUCAAAGCUAAGCGGAAGGGGUAUUAUGACUUCCCGCCCGUGGAGACCAGCAAGGGUCUGACCGAAAGGAAGAAGAUGUAUGAAAAAGCCCCAAAGGAAAUCGACCACAUUUUGGAUCCAGAUGCAGAACUCUGCGCCCCGUUCACUGAGGCUAAAAACAGGCAACAGACGAAGAGCUCCGUCUACCGAAGCCGGCAGUCUCUGAACAGCCCGAGCCCAGGGGAGACCGAGAUGGACCUGCUGGUGACACGGGAGCGAGCCCAGCGUGGGAUCCGCAACAGUGGCUAUGAUACGGAGCCAGAAAUCAUAGAGGAAACCAAUAUUGACAGAAUUAACGAGCCCCGGGGCUACGGCCGGGCCCGGCAAGUGAAAGGCCACUCGGAGACCUCCACGCUGAGCUCCCAGCCCUCCAUCGACGAGGUCAGGCAGCAGAUGCACAUGCUGCUGGAGGAGGCCUUCAGCCUGGCAUCCGCCGGCCACGGGGGCCAGAGCCGGCACCAAGAGACCUACGGCUCUGCACAGCACCUGCCCUACUCCGAGGUGGUGACCAGCGCUCCCGGCACCAUGACGCGGCCCAGGACAGGGGUGCAGUGGGUGCCAACCUACCGCCCAGAAAUGUACCAGUACAGCCUCCCCCGACCUGCCUACAGAUUCUCCCAGCUUCCCGAAAUGGUCAUGGGCUCUCCCCCUCCGCCCGUCCCUCCCCGGACCGGUCCUGUGGCUGUCACUUCUCUCAGGCGAUCCACCUCGGAUAUCGGCAGCAAGACCAGAAUGGCCGAGAUGGCCGGGCCGGAGCAGGCCCCCCUGCACGACAGCGCCUCCUUCACCCACGUGUCCCGAGGCCCUGUGUCCGUGGCGCAGUUGGAUCAGUCGGCUUUAAAUUACUCAGGUAAUACGGUGCCGGCAGUGUUUGCCAUCCCGGCUGCCAACAGACCCGGCGUCACUGGCUACUUCAUCCCAACGCCACCCUCGUCCUACAGGAGCCAGGCCUGGAUGUCCUACGCGGGGGAGAACGAGCUCCCGGGCCAGUGGGCCGACUCGGUUCCCCUCCCAGGAUACAUUGAAGCUUACCCCCGGUCCCGCUAUCAGCAGAACUCACCCUCAAGGCUGCCUCGCCAGUACAGCCAUCCAUCCAACCUGCACCCCAGCCUGGAGCAGGCCCCAGUGCCCUCAACAGCAGCGUCGCAGCAGAGCCUAGCCGAGAACGACCCGUCCGACACGCCAUUGACCAACAUCUCUACCGCGGCCCUCGUCAAGGCCAUCCGGGAAGAGGUGGCCAAGCUGGCCAAGAAACAGACAGACAUGUUUGAGUUCCAAGUCUAGCGCCUUGCCCCCGGGGGACUCUGGACCCCGCCCUCCGCGGAAGCAGCCCGGAGAUGUCUCGAGUCCAGCACGGAGGGACUUUUCAAGGAGGCAUGGACAAUGGGUCUCUUUCAUCCGCUGUCUCUGAGAAGGUGAACAGUGGGACUUCUGGGAAACAAAACUCUUGGAGGGUUGGAUUCUUGGCUCUGUCAGCUGAUCGUGGGUCAGAGGUCCACG